CGCUCCAACAAGCAUCUUUAUGUCCAAGUGAUUGAUGACACUAAAAUGCAUACUCUUGCUUCAGCUUCAACGAUGCAGAAACCCAUAUCCGAGGAGUUCAACUAUAGCUCUGGUCCCACUAUCGAUGUGGCAAAGAAAGUUGGUGAAGUUAUUGCAAAGUCCUGUCUGGAUAAAGGGAUCACAAAGGUGGCCUUUGACCGAGGCGGAUAUCUGUACCAUGGACGUAUUGAAGCCCUUGCUGAUGCAGCUCGGGAACAUGGUCUUCAAUUUUAGAGCUUGGGCAGACUAUUAGUUGUUUAACUUGUUGCAGAAAGGCAUGGGAUGGAUAAAUAUUCAGUUUGAACGUAGAUGCGGAUGAUCAUAGAUCUCAUUUCUGUUUAAAUUGAAAGAAGUUCACACAACUUUGUGCUAAGUGGUUGUAUUUUUGAAAAAUACCCAACCAAUCAUUGAAAUCGAUUCUAUCAAUUUUUUAA